AUGGGGCAUAAAAAGGGGAAGAGCGAUGCAUCCCCGAUUGACAGAUCGGUUGCAGAGCUGAAGGCCCUGCGUGAGAAAGCGUUGGAGGCUUCAGAUCCCCAUGAGAAGUGGGCCAGGACCACUGCACUGUUGGAUCUGAAAUCCUGCUUGAGCCCUGCACUGCUGCUGGCCACAGCCGCAAAACUCGCAUACAUCCAGGGAUUGGACGUGUUGCUGGCGUUGGACUUUGCCAAGCUCAUCUACAUCAUGAGUGGAAGUGAUUUGGACGAGAGAUGCAAGGUGCUCGAGGGCUUCACGAUCCUCAAGUCCAGUGUCAAAGGGGAUCUCAAAGCUGACCGCGUGAAGAAGUCGCUGGAGAUUGUGGGCGCUGUGCUUGAGAAGAUCAAGAGCAGCUCAGGGCUGGCUCGCUACCGGAGGAAAGGGCAUGGAGGCCUCCUGGACGGCCCUGUGGGCAUGCUCAUCCGCAUCGACGGCAGGUGCAGCCUGCUGGUGCCUGGCUACCUGAGGAAGCUGGAUGAAGCGCGACGAGUCGCCGUCAAUUUGCACAACAUACUUCCCGAUCAAAACCUGCAAAAUCAGCUCGAGCAGUGGAAGAAGGAGGAGGCCGAGAAGAAGAAGUCACGUAAGGUGCUGCUGCAACACGCUGCCAUCGAGCAGGCAGCUGUAGCGCAGCCGGCCCUGCACCGGAUGGCGUUGCCUCUACAACUGUACAUCGACGUGCACCAGCUGCAGGAAGAGCUGAAGGAAGCAUCACAGCAGCCGCUGGACAGCCAGCCAGAGCAGAUGCUGUUCUUGACCUCGCGCUGUGCAGACCUGCCCUCCAAGCUGCUCCACAAGCUGCCCCCUGCCCAGCAGAAGAAGGCUGACAGCUUGGCCAAGGAGGCGCGGCCCCAAGACAUCCUUGUCAAGCACUUUGUUGAGGAGAGCUAUGCUGAUCUAUCCGGCCGAGAGGAGAGGUUCAAGAAGCACUGCAGCUUCUUUGAGGUUCCAGCAGCGUCAGUCAAGGAGGCCAUUGAGCAGGACACCAAGAGCAGCAAGGAGGAGGCAGCGUAUGCAAACGGGCUGUUGGCUGACUGGUGUGAGCAGGGCAAGCCACAAGCGGUGGCUAAUAUCUCCUCUGGGACGUGCGCGAAAGGAUCCCUACUGCAGGAGUAUGUGGAAUCCCUGGCAGCGCCUGCAGUCGAACAGCUCGCGAAGGCUGGUGAAACAGAGUCUGGGCCGGAUAUGGGUGACAUUGCCCCUCCAUCGGCUGAGGAACUGAUCAAGGUGGCUGUAGAGGGCCAGGGGCUGCUGUGGGAGGGGGAGCUACCAGGGGAGGUGAGGAUACCGUCCCCAGCCGAGCUGAAGCGCGCAGUCGAGCAGCUCGGCACAGAGCAGCCCCAGGCGGCAGCAGCGCAGGAUGCAGCUUCCCUUGCGGUGGUGGCAGCUGGAGAGCGGCUGCACCCCAUGGCUCCUGCCAUUGGCGGCUGCGGCGCCCUUGCUGAGCCUCUGCACAGGCACUUCCGGCGCGCACAGCAGGAUGCCAGCCGAUCUGCUGCAUGCUUGGACUUGAAGGAUCUCCUGAAGGCGGUGGCCGAGCCAGCGCACGGACUGGUAGUAGAGGACAUGGAAGCUUCCCUGACUCGCAUGUCCCUGCAGACAAGGAACCAAGAGGCUGUGGCUGAGAUGGCGGCUGGGAAUGCGGGUGGAGGCAUCAUUGACAACGACUGGAACAUCAGGAUGGAGCCGAUCCGGGACACGGCUGAAAGCAGAUACCAGGUCAUCACGCUCGGUCAGUCGCGCCCGCAGUACAAGAUCAGAGCCGAGCUCAGGCCGGAUUUCUGUGACUCCAUCGAUGAUGGGGAUUGGAACCUCAAGCUCAAGGUGGAGGCGAGGAGGGCGAGGGGCCGGCUGCUGCUGGUUCUGCGCCACCUGCUGUGGCGGCUGGAGGCGGUCCGCUGCGAGGCCUGCUGGGAGGUGGACGCUCCUCCCCACGAGAGCUACUUCCAGGAGCCCAUCUGCAUCAUUGCCGACGCGCUGCGCAUGGACGAUGAGAGCAUCCUGCUGGACUCCAGCCACUUGGUGUACCCGGCACCUCCCAAGGACGGCCAGGGGGAGGUUACGCCAGCGCAGAUUGAGCUCCCAAUUGUGAGCCGCUUUCGCUUCUAUGAGGUAGCCGAUGGGCCCGGGCGCGGAUGCGGACCCGCCAACAUCGCCAAAUUUGUCCCCGGCUUUGAUGUCCCCUCAGGCCACAACGCCGAUGCUGCAGCUGCGGCUGACAAGGACCCUUCAGAGGACUGGGCGGCUGCACAGAGUGUACCUCCCACCCAGCAGAAUGGGGUGCACGCGGAUGCGCAGUCGAGCGCGGCUGCAGAGCCUCAGGAGAGCGCUGCAACCGGCGCAGCCCAUGCAGCUGAUGCAAAGAGCGGCUCCGAGGGUGAGGUCUCCUCUGGGCGCGCUGCCAGGAAGUGGCUGGGCACAGGGCCUUCUCCACUUGAUGUCCCUGAGCAGGAGGAGUACAACUCGAGGAAUCCCCACACCAAGAUGGAGAUCCUGCAGGACAUUUUUGACGGGCUGGAGAUGCUGCGAGAGAGCAGGCUGCUGGCACCCUGGCUAGUGUCCUACCUGGCCUCCUACAUGAUCCAGAACCUGAAGGAGGAGGGUGUAAACUGGCUGCAGCUGCACUGGGAGCACCUGGCCUUCCUUUCAGAGAAGAAGCUGGCAAUUGUGCGCGACAUAGUCCUCCAAGCCCUUGCGCUGCACUGUCAUGUGCUGACGGCAACCUCCGAAGCCGCGGCCCUGCAGAGGGCGUAUCAUGUCACUGGCCACUUCAACCUGGUCGAGGGCCGGACAGAUUGCUUCCAGAUGUACUCGCCGCCGCUGCAGCAAGCACUGGCGGAGGCUGUUGACGUUGUGCAACAGGAGAAGCAGAACGUGUGCAAGGGGUGCCAAGGUUGCAAUGGGAAGGGCAGCAAUGGGCAGGCUGAGGCGCAUGAGAGGAGCACGGCCAAUGGGGACAGCGCGGAGGCUCGCCAGCAGGCAGAGGAGCUUGAGGUCUUGAGAGCCAAGCUCGCCGGCACAAAAGAGCUCGAGCUUGCCGAAGAGUACAUCGAGGUGCAAAUGCGCGACAACCAUCCCGAGGACUGGACCGCGUUGUUGGUGGACAUUCUGUUCGGCGUGUCCGGCCGCGUCAAUGCGCUGCGGCCGCCCACAACUUACAGCCUCAAGGAGGGCGCCGUCAAGGUGAUCCAGGAGAAGGCAAGGAGGGAGGACCUGUUGCAUGCGGUGGCUAACACCCUCAAAGUACACCUGGAUUACGUCGAGCCUCUGAAGGAUGGAUCCUUGGACAGCGGGAACCUGUCAGCAGACGAUGUGCGCCGCGUGACAGAGUGGCUGGAUGCAGCUGAGGAGGCCCGUCUGCGCGUCCAGGGUCUCUGGUGGGAUGAGCAAGUCCAGGUCAGCACAUCCAGGCUGUCCCGGCGCAGACUGGCAGCGGACUUCAUUAAAGACCAGCUCGCCAAGGCCUACAGGCGGAGGCAGAGUGCCGGCAGCGGCACGGAGCGCGCAAAGAAAGAGGAUGAGGAUAUUGAAGAGGCGAGUUUCUACCAUGAGCCGAUCUCCUUGUGCCGUCUGUAA